AAUCAUUACGAAACGACGCGACGUCACUUAGCGAAGAUAUGACCGUUGCCUUAACGUUCGAAAAUUCUAAAUUUUGAAAAUGUUUUUGCCUUUUUACCCUCUCUCUCUUUCUCUCUCUCUCUCAGUACUGACCGUUGCCAACGGACGCUUCAACAAAGAAACCCCACUCUUAUCUUUUAACUCUCACCCUCUUCUUCGCUUUUUCCCCAAACCAUGAAAACCCAGGGAAACUGAGUUGGAAAAAAAAUUAUCAAAACCGUUUUGAUGUAGUUUUUCCUGGCCUCGAAUCUUGGUAGAUUCUGGGUCUUCCUCUGUAUUUUAUAAAAAUAUUCUGUCUGGGAAUUCAAUUUUUUUCUGGGAAUUUGACCUUUAAUUUUUGUGUCAUUCUUGAAUCUUGAAAGGUUUGGUGCUAAAAAUGGCUACUUUGGCACCGGGAAUUCUGUUGAAGCUUCUAAACGGAAUGAAUACAGGGGUGAAGGCGACCAGCGAGCACCGGAGCUCGCUUUUGCAGGUGACGGAUAUUGUUCCGGCCGACCUAGACGAGAAGAAUCUGUGGCCCAAACACGGGUUCUACAUAAAAGUCUCGGAUUCUUCGCACUCGAUUUAUGUCAGUCUUCCUACAGAACAAGAUGAUUUCGUCCUCAGCAACAAAAUGCAGCUUGGACAGUUUAUCUACGUUGAUAGAUUGGAGCCUGGUGACCCGGUUCCGGUCGUUAAAGGCGCGAAACCACUUCCCGGUCGUCACCCGUUGGUGGGCACACCGGAACCGUUGAUGGGUCUUAGAGAGAAGGGAGAGAAAAAUGAGCGAAUGUCCAAUUCAAAGGCCUCUUCUCAUAGAAGAGGUUCUUGGGGGACAGGCCUAAUCGGGGGUGAUGGGGUUUCAUCUCCUUUGGUUUUGAAGCCGGUUCCUUUGGAUUUUGAUCAGUGUACGCCAGUUAAAGAGCGCGCCGCUAGCUCGGUUAGGACCAUUACGGGUCUCUCAAUGUCUCCGAUGAUCAGAGGGAGAAAGGAUGGAACUCCCGGUACCGGAGUUCGGAGUUCGUUUGGUGGUGGACUUUUGGCUAAGAUGGUGGAGACAAAAGGAGAAAGUCCUGCAGCGUUAAGAAAGAGCUGUGCUGUCCCUUCCGCGUUGAAGUUUCCCAGGAGCAAGAGUGUCUGCGAGAGAGAGCCAAAAAUCUCAAUUAGUCCCUUCAACUCAGCUGAAAAGAAAAGCUCAACUCCACCACCAAGGUUAAGGAAUCCAAAAGUUGCAACUUCACUCAACAUGGCUGGGGAUGCUCAGGAUUCCUCCAACUCAAAAACGACUGAACCACAACCUCAGUCUGCUAAUUCAUCUGCUGAUAACAGCACCAGCCUCCACAUGAAUUUACCUGGGAAAUUAAGCAUUCUUGGCAAGGAAGCUGUACAGCAGAGAGAAACAGCUCAGAAAAUUGCCCUUCAAGCACUAAGAGAUGCUUCAGCAACAGAGGCAUUAGUCAGAUCUCUCAAGCUGUUUUCCAACUUGACCAAAACAGCAAGAGGAGAUUCCCCAGCAGCCUGCUUUGAUCGGUUUCUGGAAUUCCAUCACCAAAUUGUCCAAGCAGUGACUGAUAUGGUCUCAAUUCAAGCAGCUACUUUAGCCACUGAUGUGCCUCAAAACCCGAAUGCCAAACGAAAAGAUGCAGAUGAUGAUUCUUCUGUUCUGAACGAAAUUACACACAACGCUUCCAACCCAGAAUUGAAUUCAUCAAAAAGGUCUGCAUUGUAUAAAUCAGUUGCAGUCAUUCCUGAAAGAGGUGAACUGAAGACAAAUAUUGGAAAAUUGCUGAGAACAAGUAGUAGUAGUAGUAGUAAUAACAACAACAAGGUAUCGUCGUCGGAAAGGAAAGCAAUUUCCACCACCUCAGUUGGAAAACUGGCACUAGAAAGUAUUGGUGAGAAUGAUGAAAACAAGAAACCAGGAGGAGGAGGAGGAGGAGGACGAGGGAGUUGCAGUUUAAGCACUACGAUCAAAUUGGGUAAACAGAUUGAAACAGAAGCUGGAAACUGGUUUAUGGAGUUCUUAGAGAAAGCUUUGGAGACAGGAAUGAAGAAACAGAAAGGGAUGGCAGAUGGGGAAGCUAAGAAAGUUCCUCAGUCUCUUAUACUGAAAGUUAUUAACUGGGUUGAGGUAGAACAGUGUGAUAGUAGUAAGCGACCAGUACAUCCUAAAGCAGCACAAAUAGCUCGGAAGUUGAGGAUCAAAAUGAAGAAUCCAUAAAAAAAAAAAAAAAAAAAAGGGGUUAAGAAUAAUUUGAUUCUACAUUAGAUUAAUCGUAUCCCACUUGUUGAUGAUAUUGAUGAUCAUUUGUAACGCUACUUAGUAGAUUUCUGGCUUGGUUUG